AUGGGUUUUGAGCAUAAAUGGAGAGCGUGGGUUAUGGAGUUUGUGACAACUGCAUCUAUGUCACUUCUGAUAAAUGGUUCGCCAUCUAAGCCAUUUAAGAUGGAAAGAGAUUUGAGAGAAGGUAACCCGCUUUCACCCUUCUUAUUUGUCCUGGUUGUUGAUGUGCUACAUCGAAUAAUUAGAGAGGCAAUCAGGAAAAGACAGGAAACCAUCAAGAACUACAAGCGACUUUUACGAUGUUUUGAGUUGAUGUCAGGGCUCAUGAUUAAUUUUGACAAGUCCAGUUUGAUUCCAAUUAAUUGUGAUGAGCCACAACGUAUGUGCAACUUACUAGGUUAUAAGGGGGACACCCUUCCAGUGAAAUACCUUGGAAUCUCUUUAGGAGCAAAUCCGAGGUUGGUGAAGACCUGGAAGCCUAUAUUAGACAAAGUGGAUGAGAAACUCAGCCUCUGGAAAGCUAAGGUGUUACAAGAAGAAAUGCUUCGAGAGGAGGUGACUAGUUACGACUUCACGAAGACCAUUUGGAAAGGAUUGGUUCCACCAAGAGUUGAGCUGUAUGGAGUGUUUGGAUAG